AUGAAGUGGUUGAUCCUUGCGCUGGUUUGUCUCCAGCUGUCAGAGGGCUUGGUCAGAGUCCCUCUGAUAAGAUCAAAAUCUAUAAGGGAGAAGAUGAAGGAAAAAGGCGUUCUGGAGCAGUUUAUAAAAACACACAAGAGGGAUCCAGCCAUGAAAUACAGCUUCAACCACCACAAGAAUGACUUUGCAGUGGCCUAUGAGCCAAUGAAUAUGGAUGCUUGUUACUAUGGACAAAUUAGUGUCGGGACACCACCACAAAACUUUAUGGUACUGUUUGAUACAGGGUCAUCCAAUCUUUGGGUUGCUUCUACUUACUGCCAGAGUGAAGCUUGCCAGAACCACCCACUUUUCAACCCAAGCCAGUCAUCUACCUAUACCUCCAAUAAUCAGCAGUUUUCUAUGGAGUAUGGCAGUGGCAGUCUUACUGGUGUCUUUGGAUAUGAUACUGUAACUGUACAAGGCCUGACCAUCACAAACCAAGAGAUUGGGCUAAGUGUGAAUGAACCAGGCACCAACUUUGUGUAUGCUGGCUUUGAAGGAAUCUUUGGAAUGGCCUACCCUUCUCUUUCUGCUGGAGGUGCCACCACUGCUAUGCAGGGCAUGCUGCAACAAAAUCUGCUCACUUACCCAAUCUUUAGUGUCUACAUGGGCAGUCAAUCAGGAAUGGUCGUUUUUGGUGGUGUCGACAACAACCUAUAUUCUGGUGAAAUCUAUUGGGCACCGGUCACUCAGGAGCUGUACUGGCAGGUUGCAAUUGAUGAGUUUUCCAUCAAUGGACAAGCAACAGGUUGGUGUAGCCAGGGUUGUCAAGCUAUGGUGGAUACUGGAACUUCUCUCCUUACUAUACCACAACAGUUUUUGGGAACCUUUCUUCAGUAUGUUGGUGCUCAAGAAAGCCAGAAUGGAGAGUACUUUGUGAACUGUAACAACGUGCAGAACCUUCCAACCAUCAGCUUCACCAUCAACGGUGUGCAGUUCCCCAUUUCUCCUUCUGCCUAUAUUCUUGAGAACAAUGGCUACUGCACUGUUGGAGUAGAAGUGACCUACCUGCCAUCUCAAGAUGGUGAACCCUUCUGGAUUCUGGGUGAUGUCUUCCUCCGCCAGUACUACUCUGUUUUUGAUAUGAGUAACAACAGAGUUGGAUUUGCACAAUCGGCAUAA